AUGGCACACGCCGCGGCUCACAUUAAGAAAGCCCGGUUAGAGUUGGAGCCGUCGCCGGAUGCGAAGGCGCUGGAGAAAGCCCGGGAGAGGAGGAGGAAGUCCAGGGAGAGGGCUGAACGCAAGCGCAAGCCCCUGGAGGAUCUCCCCUGUCAUCUCCUCAUCUCUGUCUCGUCUCCGUCUCAUCACGCAGACAUCGCUCUGUUAUAA